UAAGUUUGGCAUGACGCUUGUCAAUUUCAAAUUUUUAAAACAUACUGGGAAAAAUAUUUGUGAUGACCCAUUUGUGUUUGCAUCACAAGCUAAAAAGGUGUUUUAUAUAUAUGAUGAGAGAAACAAGGAUUGGCUUGUUGUUCUCAAUGCAAAAGUUAGAGAUAUCUAUGAUAUGGGUGAUGAGGAAUCUAAUGAAAUUGAAGAAAUUCAUGGGCAACUAAUGGGCGAUACAAGUGAAGCUACUCAAAAUGUUAAUGAUUUGGUUAGGCUUCAAGUUGAAGACGAUAAUGAUUUUUUUGAAGUUGUUGAUGUUGAUAAUAUGGAUGAUGAUGAAGAUAAUGAAGAUGAUGAGGAAGACGAAUGAAAGAAGCAAUGGCUCGAAGAAGAAAGUUAAAUAUUCGACAUCGAGCAAGUGAUAAUGAAGGAAUUCAGUCUACUUCUAAUAAUACAAACUCAACCAAUGUAGAAGGAAGUAAUGUUGCAGAAACUCGUUCUAGUCCUUGUCAUGCAGAAGGUGUCAUACGUGAGUCUGUAGAAUCUCACUCAAUUCCCUCUGAUAUAGAAGUUGAAGAAGAACAAAUUGAAAAAGAAGUAGAGCCUAAACGGGCUAGAGGUCCUACAAAAAUGUUAGAUGUAUGGGAAAUGGAAGAUGGUGAUUUAAUAAUCGUUAAUUUGGACAAAUAUGGUCGACCCAUUGGUGAGGAAGGGACAACUCUAACUCGUUUCAUUGGUAGCGUAGCUAGAAGGUAUCAAUAUGCUCCUAUCAACUACAAGUCAUGGAAAGUUAUGCCAAAUGAUUACAAAGAAGAAAUGUUGAAAUUAAUAGAGAGUAAAUUUGAGUUUGUUCCUCCAAUAAAUGACUUAACAAGAGAAAUGUUAAAAUCUGAGCUGAAUGAGAAAUGGAGGCAAUGGAAGGGUGAUCUAAAGUCAAUGGCAUAUGACCCUACUAAAACAGAAGAAGAAGUUGCAUCUCUUGUACCAGAUGAUAGGGUUGACCCAAAUCAAUAUCGUGGUUUGGUUCAUCAUUGGUUUUCUAAUGAAGGACAAAAAAUAAGUAAAAUUAAUAGGCAAAAUCGUGCUAAAUUUGAAGAUGUUCAUUGUAUGGGUUCAAAAAGUCUCCCAAAGUUUAUUGAUGAGAAGGUUUACUUCUAUUUCUAUUUUUAA